AUGGAUAUCGAAAUGUCUAGACGGAAUAAGAAACCGAGACUGCUCCUCGAGUCUGAGAAGCAGAAACUCGAGGAGUUUGCGGACGGCAUUCACUACUCUGCCAGGUAUUCCGAUAACGAGUACGAGUACAGACACGUUCAGCUGCCGAAGCCCAUGCUCAAGAAGAUCCCCACCGAAUACUUUGAUCACUCCAAGGGCACGUUGAAGCUGUUGUGGGAAGAAGAGUGGCGGGGACUCGGGAUCACUCAGAGUCUGGGAUGGGAACAUUACGAAGUCCAUGAGCCGGAGCCGCACAUCCUGCUAUUCAAGCGACCGGUGAACUACCAACCGCCCGUCUCCCAGUAA